AUGCUGAAAAAAGAGGCCAAAGGACGUCAGGUCCUUAUUAGGCCAUGCUCCAAAGUCAUCAUCCGGUUUCGAACAGUGAUUGUGAAGCAUGGUCACACUGGUGAGUUUGAAAUCACUGAUGACCACAGAGCUGGAAAAAUUGCUGUGAGUCUCACAGGCAGAUUAGACAAGUGUGGAGUGCUCAGCCCCAGAUCUGAUGUACAGCUCAAAGACUCGGAAAAAUGGCAGAAUAAUUUGCUUCCAUCCCGUCAGUUUGGUUUCAUUGUAUUGACAACCUCAGCAGGCAUUAUGGACCAUGAAGAAGCAAGAUGA